AUGGUGAAGCGUACUUUAAAUCCAGUUGAAGCCGAAAGGCGGAAGCAGAAAUUGAAGGAGCACAGAAAGUCACAGGCACGAAAGGUCGAGCAACGCUUAGUCAAAAUUGCUGACAGAGAUCCUGGGAGAUUACGAGAUAAGCUGAAAGCCUUAGAGGAGGUCCAGAAAGAAAAGGGAAGACUCAAUCACACCGAACAGCGAACCCUGGAUAAUCUGCGGCGCGAUCUUAGGCUUCUAGAGACCAAUAGAAAAGGCUCAACAACUAGCCACACAGAGCAUGAUAAAGAGCAACAGCCACAAUUGAGUUUGCCACAAACUGAUCGGCUUGGAAAGGCUUCGAUUUUCUACGAUCCCGAGUUCAAUCCCUAUGGAAAAGCUCCCAAUGGGUAUGAAAAUGUGAAGUAUCCUCUGGUAAACCCAUACGAAUAUCCUGACAACAAGCAAAUAGUAGAUAUCCCCAUGCCAGAAGGAGAUCCCCCUCGUUUCUACAAGGUGAAAGAUUACGAUGCUUCGCUUUCUGUUGACGAAGUGCGGCGUGAUUUCGUGAAAGAGAGUAUUCAAGCUGGACUACUACCCACGGCACUAAUGGGCUCUAUCAAAAGGACCACUGCAGCUCCGAAAGCCGAGGUGAAGCCGAAGCCGAUUCCAGAAACGGGCUCGGACUCUGAAUUUGGAGAGUAUGCGUCUGAAGAAGAGGAAUACAGGAAAAAGCGUAGGCAUGUUGAGCUGGAAGAUGUCGAAGACGAAGGUUAG